AUGCCGCCUAGCAUCCCCUUCCCGCCCCUGCCCGACGAGCUCGACGACGCCGUGUACGAAGCGUACCUCGCCUUCGUCGCCUCCAAUCUGCGCGGCUGGCGGCCGCGCCCCGAAUCCCCGCCGACGCCGGGCCUCACCACCGCGCCGUCGACGCCGGACCGCACGCCUCUCACGCCGCUCACGCCCGACCGCUACAGCGCCAACUACGCCUCGCCUUCGAAUCCCCGCUCUCGGCCCCCGCCCUCCCCCUCCCCGCCCGUGCGCGUACCGCCGCGCUCCUCGAGCCUCCCGCUCGUCCGCGCCAGCCCGAACGCGCUGAAACGCAUCUCCGCGCCCAUGCCCCUGCGCCCCAAAGACAUGAGUGCGCGUCACUCGCCGAGCGUGCCUCGCUACGAACAAUCACAUGCACCAAUACCCCGCUCGCCGGCGUACGCUGUGGGCCUAUCGAGCGCAGGGAUGGGCGGACCGAGCGCGAAGACCUACCCCGUCCCGCAGAGGAAUCCCGUGCCCACCGUCUUCGACGACGUGCUUGCCCCGUGCGCCGGGCUGCCGUGCAUCAAGGAGGUGCGGGAGCGGCCGGUCGAGCGCGUGUGGUGGUAGAUUUCGUGGGAUGUAGCGGACUGGACUUGAAAUGAAGUUUCAAGAGUUGCUCGACUAGAAAUCAAGUUCCAAGAGGCUCGAAGGAGUG